AGCAUGGGGGUGAGUUGCAUAAGGUUCCCAAAGGCAACAGGGAGCAUGGAGGGUGCAUCCCCGGUGCUGGAGUCUAACACCCCCGGUGCCUGAUGCAGAGGCUCCAGAGGCUCCGGAGCCUCGCUGCAUGCUCCCCGGGGAUCUGCACCUGGAUGCGGGGUCCGACCUGCAGCAUGCACAGCUUUUACGCACGGAGGUUUUACGCACAGAGGUUUUACGCACAGAGCUUCAGACUGUUCGGCUCUCAGCAGCCGGAGAGACCCUCCCUCUCUGUGGUCGGCAUCCCAGACCCCAUCACCUGGAUGCGGUGCAAAGUCAUCAAGUUUCUGGUGGACCUGCACUUUGAGGUGGACCUGGACUCUGUGGAGUUUGAAGGAGGAGUGAAGCAGGCUUUGGUCCACGUCUCCACCCUGAUGUCCAGCGGCAAAUACCACAGACUAGUGGGCAUUGUGUCCACUGAGACGAUAGACUACAUUCAGACGAGGUGCAGGUCUCUCAGCGAGGCUCAGAGGCAGCAGCUCGCCGUCACAAUGGACGACAUUAUAUUUAUGCUGCCGGAGGACGUGUCUGUCGUCUUUGAUGAACAGGGUAAAAAGUUCUGCUUCGUGGUCAUGAGGUUUUGGUUCCUGUCAUCAUAUGAAGGGCCCGAUGACCCCGAGGGCACAAAGAUCUUCAAAGCGGCCCCCAGUGAAGACGGCGGCCCACAGAAGAGAAUAGUGACCGCAGUCUAUGAAUUCCACCGAGAGCUGACGAGCGGAGCGUCCCCGGACUGGACGGUCACGACUGUUUGGCACUGGCACUGGAAACUGGCCGAGUGACGACGAGGUUAUUCGUCACCAGGACACAACGGGAGAGAGUAGCGUUCUGCUGAAUUUACAGAUCCAUGAAAGACAACUUUAAACUGGACAUCUGCGAGCAGCAGACUGAAGAACUGUGUAUUAGGAACUCAUGAAACGGGACCCAGAGCCAUAACACCGGAGGACCUCAGAACUUUAUAAAUUAUCUCAGUACUUGAAGGUUCUUCUCAGACCCUCAGAUGCUUUCAAAGCCCUCCAGUGAAUUCUCUUUUCCUCUGAUUCACACGUAGAAAGAUAUUAGUUUAGACACAGUAUGUGAACAGAGUGAUGAGGUCACUGGAGGAAGAAUUACUGUUCAGUGUUUUGCCAAAUAAAUAAAAACCUCACUCCAGGUCUGUACCGGCUUUCAACCACAUUUCUCGGUCUUCCGUUGCAGAAGGAGGGUUUGCUUUGCUGUCAUGGUGCUGGCGCUGUUUUUUGUGACCUAAAGUAAGUAAGGUCAUGUGACAAAAGUGACCAUAUAUACAAACACCUUUUGUCAAGCUCCAUUCUUACUGUCGGUGACAUGAUAAACUAUCCACUGAGGAAGGCCAAGGAAUGCGGCUGAAAGUUGAUAAGUGACCCUUAAUUUUUUUUUGUCAAACCACUGUUUCAAGGUCAAGAAUGAACCCUGUUGAGUUUGUCAAACCAAUGUGUUGCAUCAAUAAAAUGCUUGAA